AUGGUUACCACUCGAGCUUUGCGAUAUGGUAGCUUAAUUGCUCUUGUCACAAUCCUCCUGCAAUUCUCCUCUGCAAAUGAUGUAUACCUAGACUGCAGCUCGACAUCCAGUGGUGGCGACGGUAGUCACUCCCAUCCGUUCAACUCUCUGGAUGAGGCCAAUCAAGCUGUUCUCGGCGCUGGAGACACACUUAGUGUCAAAGCAGGUACUACAUGCUUCGGGACCUUGUCGCCGCAGGGCAGCGGCACCCAAAAGAAGCCCAUUAUGCUUUCAAGCUACGGCGACGGGCCCCUGCCCAUCAUAAAUGGCUCGGGUGCGACCGAGGCCGUCCGCCUCACCAACCAGGACUAUUGGGAUAUCUCCAAGAUCGCGGUGAUCAAUCCCGCUCCCAAGAUCGCCUGGCGCCGCGGGAUCCUCGCAACCUCGGACGACGGCUCGGUCCACCGGGGCCUAUACAUCCACGACGUGACGGUUUACAACGUCGCCGGGGAGACCAACAAGGCCACACAUGCGAACGCGUUCGUCGCCUCCGGUGGGAUCCUGGUAAACGGCACCGAGCAUCAUAGCCGAUACGACGACGUUCAGGUAUACAACAACACGGUCUAUGACUGCGGUGGCGGCGGCAUCAAAGUCCGUGUGGGCCAGAUGGACAACCGUGGACAAGAUACCCAUGUGUGGAAUAACAAUAUAUCCUACGUUGGAGGAGAUGGAAUCGUGGUUUCGUACGGAGCCUCGCCGUUGAUCGAAGGCAAUCUCUGCGGGUACCUCGGCCAUGGAAAAUAUCCCUGGACUGGCGGCAACUUCGCUGGAAUUUGGGUUCUUGGUUGCCGCGACGCGGUGAUGCGAUUUAACGCGGUUCAUGACUCGCUUAUGUCCUUGAUCGACAGCGAGGCCUUUGACUGCGAUUGGGGUAACGAAGGCACUUGCACCGUUGAAUAUAACUACAGUCAUGACAAUGCCGGGGGGAUCUUUUUGAAUUGCGAUGGCUGUGGUACGCCCGGCGGCGCUAAGCAAAUUAUCCGGUACAAUAUCUUCCAGAAUGACUGUCGUAUGUAUAGUAACGGAGACAAUGUGGAAAUGGAGUUCUACAACAACGUCGUCUACUGCCCGAAUAAGGACUUUGAGAUAGCGGUCCCGCCGCAGACGAACCUGUCCAACAACAUCUGGGUUGGUACAGCUGAUUCGACCCUGCCGACGGGUGAAUCAAUUGAAUGGCGUGCAAAUCUGUUCCAGACUGUGUCGAAACCAGAUGAUACGGCGGGGACCACGGGAGAUCCGCAUUUCAUCAAUCCGGGGACCGGGAAAGACAGCAUCGACUCGGUCGAUGGGUAUCGACUGCGAUCCCAAAGCCCUGCUUUACUCCAAGGAGUUGUUGUAGAGGAGAAUGGAGGGCGAGACUUCUGGAAUAAUGCAGUGUCUCCCGUGGACCGACCGAAUAUUGGAGCUUACAAUGGGAAAGGACUCUGA